GCCCAAUUUAAAAAUUCAGUUCUGACAAAUGGGUUAGAAUAAUGAAAAUAUGCUGGGAAAUGGUUGGGAGCUUCACUGACUAAUUGAGCAGGGUCCUUGCAAUUUGUCUGUGAUUCUAUGAUUUUUCACAGACACGGGACUUCUGAUUGAAGUAAAUAAUCAUCAUGUCUGACCCAGUUGUUCUGCGUAGCAUCAAGAGAUUGGGAGAGGAUAACCAUGCUUUCGACUUGGAUGGUAAAUGUAACAGCUUGAAGAAAUCAGAGAAUUUCUAUACAUAUGAAGAACCUUUUAUAGAGAAGAAAAGUGAAAAGUCAUCAAAGAAGAAAGAAAACAGUGUUCGUGUUGGCUUCUUUCAGCUGUUUCGAUUUGCUUCAUCUACCGAGAUUUUAAUGAUGGUUGUUGGUAGUUUCUGUGCUAUUGUUCAUGGAAUAGCCCAACCAGCUGUGUUGCUUGUGUUUGGUGCAAUGGCAGACACAUUUAUUGAAUAUGACAUUGAAAUGCAAGAGCUUAAAGACCCAAACAAGACAUGUGUAAAUAACACUGUAGUGUGGAUUAAUGGUACUAUUCAUCAGAAUGAAAAGAACGUCACAGUAAGAUGUGGGCUGCUGGAUAUUGAACAAGAAAUGACCAGAUUUGCAGGAUACUAUGCAGGAAUUGGUUGUGCCAUACUUGUGUUAGGAUACCUCCAAAUCUGCUUUUGGGUUAUGUCUGCAGCUCGUCAGAUACAGAAAAUCAGGAAAGCUUAUUUCAGGAAAAUAAUGAGAAUGGAUAUAGGCUGGUUUGACUGUACAUCUGUAGGAGAACUGAACACCCGAAUUUCUGAUGAUGUUAACAAAAUUAAUGAGGCUAUUGCUGACCAAGCAGCAAUCUUUAUCCAGCGCAUAACCACUUUUGUGUGUGGAUUCCUACUGGGAUUUGUCAGUGGCUGGAAAUUGACCUUGGUUAUCAUUGCAGUCAGCCCUUUGCUUGGGGUUGGAGCGGCUGUCUAUGGCUUGGCUGUGGCAAAACUAACAGGACGAGAAUUAAAGGCUUAUGCAAAAGCUGGAGCUGUGGCUGAUGAAGUGCUCUCAUCCAUCAGAACAGUGGCUGCUUUUGGUGGGGAGAAGAAAGAAGUUGAAAGAUACGAUAAGAAUCUGGUGUUUGCUCAGCACUGGGGAAUUCGAAAAGGAAUAAUAAUGGGAUUAUUCACUGGUUACAUGUGGUUUAUAAUUUUCCUAAGUUACGCAUUAGCCUUUUGGUAUGGUUCUAAACUUGUCCUUGAAGAAGAAGAGUAUUCACCUGGCACUCUUCUGCAGGUUUUCUUUGGUGUUUUAGUAGGAGCAUUAAAUCUUGGCCAGGCAUCUCCCUGUCUGGAAGCCUUUGCCACCGGUCGUGGGGCUGCAGCAAACAUUUUUGAGACAAUAGAUAAAAAACCCACCAUUGACUGCAUGUCAGAAGAUGGCUACAAGCUGGAUAAAGUACGAGGUGAAAUUGAAUUUCAUAAUGUAACAUUUCAUUAUCCCUCCAGACCAGACAUAAAGAUUUUGGAUAACCUUAAUAUGGUUAUUAAAGCAGGGGAGACAACAGCUUUUGUUGGAGCUAGUGGAGCUGGAAAAAGUACAACGAUGCAGCUCAUCCAGCGUUUCUAUGACCCCACUGAAGGCAUGGUUACCCUGGAUGGCCAUGACAUUCGUUCCCUGAAUAUCCAGUGGCUGCGCUCACAGAUUGGCAUUGUUGAACAAGAGCCAGUGCUCUUCGCCACCACGAUUGCAGAGAACAUUCGCUAUGGUCGGGAUGAGGCUACCAUGGAUGACAUAAUCAAAGCAGCCAAACAGGCCAAUGCUUACAAUUUCAUCAUGGACUUACCACAGAAAUUUGACACUCAUGUUGGAGAGGGUGGAAGCCAGAUGAGUGGAGGUCAAAAACAGAGGAUAGCUAUUGCUCGAGCUUUGGUGCGAAACCCCAAAAUCCUGCUACUGGAUAUGGCUACGUCAGCACUUGAUAAUGAAAGUGAAGCUAUUGUCCAAGAAGCACUUCAUAAGGCUCGCCUUGGCCGCACAGCGAUCUCGAUAGCUCACCGCCUGUCAACCGUCAGAGCCGCCGAUGUCAUCGUGGGGUUUGAGCAUGGAAGGGCUGUAGAGCGAGGAACUCAUGAGGAACUCUUGAAGAGGAAAGGGGUUUAUUUCAUGUUGGUGACCUUGCAAAGCAAAGGAGACCCAGCACCUACUACAGAAGAAACAGAGAGUAAAUCAGCAGCAGAGGAUGAUGUGGUUGAGCCAACUCUUGAGAAAGUCCAGUCAUUCAGCAGAGGAAGCUAUCGGGCCAGUUUGAGAGCUUCACUUCGGGAGCGCUCGAGAUCUCAGCUCUCUAACAUAGUCCCUGAGCCUCCAUUAUCUAUAGGAGGAGAUCAUGCAGAGUCUACGUAUCUUACGUCUUCUUAUGGAGAAGAUGAUGGAAAAGCAAAAAAGGAAUCUGUUGUGGAGGAAGACGCCAAACCUGUAUCAUUUACCAGAAUUUUGAAAUACAAUGCCUCUGAAUGGCCAUACCUGGUGCUUGGAUCUCUGGCAGCAGCUAUGAAUGGAGCAGUCAAUCCACUCUAUGCUUUGUUAUUCAGUCAGAUUCUUGGGACCUUCUCCAUUCUUGAUGAAGAACAACAAAAAACCCAGAUCAAUGGUGUCUGUGUGCUCUUUGUCUUGGUGGGAGUUCUUUCAUUUUUCACCCAGUUUCUACAGGGAUACACCUUUGCCAAGUCUGGUGAGCUGCUUACAAGGCGCUUAAGGAAAAUUGGCUUCCAGGCUAUGCUGGGGCAAGACAUUGGCUGGUUUGAUGACCGGAAGAACAGCCCUGGGGCUUUGACUACAAGACUUGCAACAGAUGCCUCACAGGUCCAAGGGGCAACUGGAUCACAGAUAGGAAUGAUUGUCAAUUCCAUUACUAACAUUGGUGUGGCCAUGAUCAUUUCUUUCUACUUCAGCUGGAAACUGACCUUAGUUAUAUUGUGUUUCCUGCCGUUUUUGGCCUUAUCUGGAGCUGUGCAGGCUAAAAUGCUGACAGGAUUUGCCUCACAGGACAAGAAAGCGCUGGAAGCUACUGGACGGAUUGCCAGUGAAGCUGUCUCUAACAUCAGGACUGUAGCUGGGAUAGGAAAAGAGAAAAUGUUUAUCAACAAUUUUGAGAAGCACCUGGAUAUGCCCUAUAGAGCUGCAAUCAAAAAAGCACAUGUUUAUGGGCUCUGCUUUGGCUUUGCCCAGAGCAUAGUGUUCAUUGCCAACUCUGUCUCCUACAGAUACGGGGGGUUUCUAGUUGACUCAGAAGGACUCCAUUACAGCUUUGUGUUCAGGGUGAUCUCUGCUAUAGUCACCAGUGGAACUGCUUUGGGAAAAGCUUCUUCCUAUACCCCAAACUAUGCCAAAGCCAAAACAUCUGCUGCACGCUUUUUUCAACUGGUCGAUCGGCUUCCUAAAAUCAGUGUUUACAGUGAAAAAGGGGAAAAAUGGGAGGAUUUCAAGGGAAGUGUUGAAUUUCUUAAUUGUAAGUUCACAUACCCUUCUCGGCCUGAUAUUCAGGUUCUGAAAGGACUCUCUAUUGCUGUUAAGCCUGGACAGACUUUAGCAUUUGUUGGAAGUAGUGGUUGUGGUAAGAGCACCAGUGUCCAGCUUCUGGAGCGUUUCUAUGACCCUGACAAAGGAAGUGUGUUAAUAGAUGGACAUGACUCUAAGAACAUAAACGUCCAGUUUCUUAGAUCAAAAAUUGGAAUAGUGUCACAGGAGCCCGUGCUAUUUGACUGCAGCAUUGCUGAUAAUAUCAAAUAUGGCAGUAACAUGAAAGAGGCAACCAUGGAAAAAGUCAUAGAAGCAGCCCAGAAGGCUCAACUGCAUGAUUUUGUCAUGUCCUUGCCUAAUAAAUAUGAAACUAAUGUUGGGGCUCAAGGAUCCCAGCUGUCUCGUGGGCAAAAGCAACGCAUUGCCAUAGCGAGGGCCAUCAUCCGAGAUCCUAAAAUUUUAUUACUGGAUGAAGCUACCUCUGCCUUAGACACGGAAAGCGAAAAGACUGUCCAAGCAGCGCUGGAUAAGGCCAGAGAAGGGAGGACCUGCAUCGUCAUUGCCCACCGCUUGUCCACCAUCCAGAACGCCGACAUCAUCGCGGUGAUGUCCCAGGGACUCGUCAUUGAAAGGGGCACUCAUGAUGAACUGAUGGCCAUGGAGGGAGCCUAUUGGAAACUUGUUACUACUGGAGCCCCUAUUAGCUGAAUUACUGUGAUUCUAAAUUAGAAAGAUUUCUGUAAACAAACUCUUUAUGGUAGGUAUGUGUAUGUUGGUGCUCCAUUUGCUACAAAGUGCUCUACAAUACUGUGAGGCCUGUGGAACACUGAAGGUAUGUAGCUCUCUGCAUCAAGCACAUUUGUCCAGCACAUGCAGGGAACUAGGCACAGGCUAAUGCAUUCAGGAAGUAAAUUAGCCCACUGAUAAGGGAAAGCAAGCCUGAAAAUGGGAAGGAUCUUUGCUGAUGAUCUGUGGAAUUGCCACUAGCUGCAGUCAGACUGCACAGUCCUGUCAUGCCUCAACUAGCAAUCAAGGAAGACUCUGCUCCAGUGUUCUGGAAACUGUCCCUUCUCUAGGUAAGCGGCAUAAGUGAAAACAAUCCCAAGGAUGAUGCUGUACAUCACACCUCUUCUAAUGUUCAGUCUGCAGAGGAUUACAGCAGAUCUCUUUCCUGUGGGUACAGAACCCCCACCCUUUCACCCCGUCGUACCACACAGGUCAGCUGUGCUGAGGAGGAGGCUGCACUUCCCCCAUGUGCGGCCACAGCACUGACACCACGGAGCCCCUUCAACAAAACCAGGCAGUACUUACAAAGAAGGCAGCUCCACAAAAGUAAGGAAAGCAAUCAAGGCGAGGAACAGAAGCUAGUGAGGAUCAUUUCCUAGCCCGCCACUCUCCACCUAACACUCACCACUCUAAUCAAAGCUGUCAAAUAGAUUUUUGAAUAGGAAUUCAUGCUUUGGAUAAAUUAAUGUAAAAUCCUACAGUUAGUCAUCAGUUAUUUAAACCACUUCUUUUUUUUUUAGGAGGCAAGACAAUAAUGUGUAUUUUUAUAGACAUCAUAAUCAGUAAAGGUGGAAAAAACCCCAUAAUUAGCUCUUUGUUUGCAUUAAAUACAGUUGAUAAACAGCAACAAUGCAUUCAGAUAUGACAAAGGUCAAGAAGGAGCUUCUUUUGGCAGAAGCUUGUAUCUAUCACAGUUUAUUACAAGAUCUACUGCAGGUUUCUCUGAAAUAUGAGUUAUUGUCUGCAGCACAACAGCACUCUUUGCUUUAGUGACUAGGAUCUUGGAGACAAAGCAGAUAGACUGAAAGUAUAAAUUACAGUUCCAACAUUUAAAUAUUGAUUUUGAAUAAUAGAGUAUUAACUGGAAAAGUCAUUCCCCGUGUCCUAAAAUCUGCAGGGCGGGGGGCAGUUCCACUCACUUUAUAAAAAAAAAAUCACACCACUUCUUAUAAAACUAUGUAACAGUACCAGUAAUUGAAUAGAGCUGUAAGGACGAAAAUUUUAUUAGGAUAGAUCCCUUAAUUCCAGGCAGCAAAACCCAAUUUCAACUUUUGUACAAAUCCAUUAAUAGAAUUGCUGCCAAAGUCCCUACUGAACUCACACAGCUGGCACUGAAAUGGCUAUUUUCCCAAGGAAGUCUGUAUUUUAAACCUUAACUAAAAAUUUUAAAAAAGCUGCAUUAUUUGCUUUAAUAUUUUCAGCCUUUUUAUGUUUCAGAGCAAUAAUUAGUUUGAUGGCUUAGGAUGGAAAAUAUUGACAGAGUAUCAAUAUAAGUAUCAGUAUGAAUAAGCUACUGACAUACCUAUAUGAUAUUUAAUUUAUAUUAGUAUUUAAGGCCAUGGAAAAAUAAUGACUCUAUUAAAACCUACCGUGACUAUGUGUACUUAUUUCAUAAUUCUUUUGCCUAAAAGGACACAAUUUUCAUGACCCAAAUUAAACCAAUAAAUUGUAUUUUUUUACUUGCUCUUGUGCUUUAGCACUUCUCUUACACUUCAGACAGGCACAUGAAUAUCUUGCACCAGCUAACAAGUAUUUCUGUGUAACUGGAUCAUGUCUGUGACAAGGGUCUGCUGUGCAGGACAGAGCUGCAGAGAAGGCCAGCUCAAGAACACUAGCCCCUGCCUGUCGUCCCCUUGCAGGAGCACAGGGACAUGGCCCCACCUAGGUGGCACUGCUACUGCUCUUCAUUGUAACAUCAUCCUGUUUUCAAGCAGCUAGGAAAUAUCGAGAGCUAAGUGUUGGGAAGCUGGUACUUCCCAGAAGCGUGCAGGCACUCACAGCACACACAAACAGUUGCACAUUCCUGGGUACCAGCUCCUGCCGCUUAAUUUCUAUGUGCUACUGACAACCAGUUGAUUAUAAAGACCUUUGGUACCUGUGCAAAGGGAUUAAAUUUCAAGUGGAACUGCACAGUAUGGCUGGGCAUGAGCAACAAGCCUUGAUGGACUGCUCGGUGCAGAGCUGGACUGGUCACGCCGCCGUAGCUGCCCCACAGCAAGAUGUCCCAGGCCUGGACAAGUCCCUGAGCCAACCCAAAGGCAUUUGCCAACCCUAAGGCAUUUGCUUUCAUCUUUCAAGCCUGAGUUGUUAGUCUUGACAGUAGAUAGUGUCAUUUGCUGUCUUCUGCAGAAAUGCCAGUUGUCAUUCUAUGGUUGUGUCUAUCCCAACAGAGGCACCAAGAUUCUUUGCCAGGGCCAGGAAGCAGAGACCCUCAUGUGGUAGAAGCUUAAAAAUGUGAUGUCUAACCAUAACUCCCAGCUUAAAAUUGCCCACAUUGCCACUAAAUCCAAAUGCUGUUGUGAAAGCCUCAGACAGCUGUGCAGAAGGAGCCAGAAAUAGAAGGACAGUUAGAACAACCUGCUAGUGUUCUGUGAUGCCUCUGUAGGUCACCUCACUGGUAGGGAAUAACAAAGCACAAAGCAACUUAACACGCUGAUCUUUGUCUUGGCUGUCUUUGUUCUUGGUUAUUUGUUUCUAGUCCUGUUAGCUUAGUAAUUUUGCUUAAGGAAUUACAAUUACAGAAAAGACUGGUUUCAAGACAGCUGCUGCAGGAAAAAGAGUUCAGAGAUCCAUUACAGAAAAUAUGAGGAGAUACACAAAGUAGAAUACUCCUCAAACUGAUAAAAUCAGAUGACUCAUUUUUUUAAGACAAGGUAGUCUUACUAGGCUCUUAAAUAAGGAUGCCUGUUUCAGAUUUGCUGCUGUAAUUUGUAUAAUGUUUAUUCCUAAAGGCCAAUCCAAAACUAUUCACCUUGUUUACCCAAAUUAAAUAAGAUUCUUUCAAUUUGAAUUCUCCCACACUUAACUGGAAGUCUGGAAGCAAUAUCAUGUUUACAUCUAAGCCUUAUUUUUUUCAGAUCAUACAUACACAGCCCUCAUUACUCAUCUUAUGGCCUUGUAUACUAAGGCUAUGUAUAAAGAGCUUGUAUACUAAGUAUUAUGAGAUGGUAUCAGCAAAAUAUUGCUUAAAAAUUGUGUACUGAAAGGGAAUAUACAACAGUAGAUGCCAAAUAAUGAGGAAAAAUGGAAAGUACCCACCUUUGCCUAUUUAGAACAUCCAUUUUAUAUAGCAAACAUAUAUUUAACAUACUAGCUACUUGUGUGCUUAGGUAAACAAAGCUGACAAGAAUAUAAAGUUGCAAUGACAGUCUGCAACCACAUUUUCAUGAUUUACACAACUACUAACAGUGAUUCAGGCUUGUGUCUCUUGAUCUGAGAGAAUUAGCAAUAUAGGAGCAUGAACAAUAUUCUUGAGGUCAUAUACUGAGAUAAUUUCAUCAUUGACAACUUUCAAAGGUGUGAUCUGUAUCAUUCAUGAUUUAUGUGACCACUUUGAAAAAGUAAGAAUGACAAAACCCACAUAGUAAUGCAAAAAUAUAUUCUACAGAGAAUAAUGGAAAUAAACUUUUUUUUUCUCA